AAUUUCAAAUUCUGAAAUUCAGAAUUUGAAUGUUUAUUGUUCAUCAAUCGUUCAGUUGAUUGUAUCUUAAUUUAUCUUUGAUCUUUUGAUUUUUGGCACUGAAACUUCACUGGUUUAAGAUUUUAAAUACAACUUCUAGUUUGGAUUUUCAAUCUCAUCGUGCAAUCAUGUCAAUCAAACCAGCUAAUCUUUGGUGUAAAGAUAUAACUACUCGAGAGGCUCGAGAAAUAUUACAAAAAUGGAGAGAAGAGAAUGCCCGGUGUCCAGAAAAAGUGAGAGAUCUUUGGGUAAAUUGUCUUUCUAAAUGCAAAAGCCUUGGAGAUGAAAGAUGGCUGAUUGUUGAACAAGUAGCCAUGGCUGGAAUGGAUUUACAUGAUAAUUCUUUGACAAAAGAAUGUUUAACCAUUUUGGAAGAUAAGUUUCCAAAAAGCUCACGAGUUCGUCGUCUCAAGAUAAUGGCCAACAUGGAAUUGAGAGAAAGAUACGAAGAAGCAUUGAAAACAUACGAAGCCAUGAUAAGGAAAGAUGAAGCCAAUUCUGUUCUAUACAAAAGGAAAAUAGCCAUCUUAAUAGCUCAGAAAAGAACCCCAGAGAUAAUCAAGGAACUUUCUGAGUAUCUUAAGAAAUUCAUGAACGAUACCGAAGCUUGGUUAGAAUUAUGUGAUAUCUACAUCCAAGAACAGGCCUACACUAAAGCAGCCUUUUGCAUGGAAGAGCUUAUUCUGACCAAUCCACACAACCAUUUAUACCAUCAACGGUACGCUGAGAUUCAAUAUACUAUUGGAACCACUGAGAGCCUCGAGUUAGCCCGUUCUUAUUAUGCUCAAGCAGUGAAACUUAAUCCAACCAAUUUAAGAGCCUUGUACGGUCUUCAGUUAACUGCUUUUACACUUUCUAAUCAACCGAGAAUAAGUUCACAAAGGAAAAAAGAAAAUGUCAAAAUAUCCUCAUGGGCAUCAUCUCAAAUUACUAAAUUAUAUCAAGCAUCUAGCAAAGACUCUCUGUCCAUAGUUGAAUCAAUGAUGACCAAUCUACAGUUGUAAUUCAAUGUUCAUUUUAAGAUUGACAUCUGAACAUUAGAACCAAUUUCUUUCCAAGGAACCAAAUGACUUUCACCAAACAGUAUAAAGGGAAGCAAAUCAACUAAAAAUAAUUAAAUUGAACCUUUUUUAUUAGAUCCAA